AUGGUUGAGAGAGAAGCCAUGUUUCUUUCACCACAGCAGAAGCUAUUCAUGAGCCAUUACUCAAAAUGCAGCAGAGCUAUUUUAAAGGAUUUUCUGCUACUCAAGCCCACUCCAGCUCACGCUGCGCACGAGCUCUUACUUUUGCUCUAUUCUUGUUCUUCUUGCUCGCAAGCGCACUCUUUUCACUCGUGUAGCCGGAAAAUUCUCUCAUUUUUCGCUAAUACUGCAGAAUUUCCAGCGAUUUAUCAGAGGGCCGCCGGAUUUAGUCAGAGGGCCACCCCAUAUGCCGCCAUGACCAUUACCUCACCGACACCUGGUGUUGGUAAUAAGACACUUGAGAAUCAAUGUGUAGAUGAAGAAAAAGAAGAACAGCUUAUCGUACUAAAGCAGAAGUUGCUGGAAAUUGGAAUUAAUCCCAAACGUUGUUUGCCUGGACAAUAUAAUGGCUUGAUUUGUCCUAAAUGUAAAGUUGGGAAGUCAGAGGAGAAGAUCAGGAGCUUAUCUCUUCGAAUCGAACCGGACGGGAGGGCAGCAGUUUGGACCUGCUCUCGAGCUAAAUGUAAUUGGAAAGGCACUACCCAACCAUUUGCAAAUGUGACAUCGAAUUAUGCGAAAGUGGAUGCAAUCGAGAGAGUAAAACAACCACUUCGAAUAAUCACAGAGGAGAUCUUGGAACUUGAACCUUUGUGUGAUGAGCUACUUGCAUAUUUUGCCGAGCGGAGGAUAUCUGUAGAAACACUACAAAGAAAUUGUGUCAUGCAGAAAAGAAGUGGAGAUAAGGUUGAUAUUGCUUUCACUUACCGGAGGAAUGGAGAGCUCGUAAGCUGCAAGUAUCGUACUAUUACCAAAACGUUUUGGCAGGAACCCAAUACUGAAAAAAUCUUUUAUGGGCUGGACGAUAUAAAGGAAGAAAGUAAUAUCAUCAUUGUUGAUGGUGAAAUGAACAAGCUUUCAAUGGAAGAAGCUGGCUUCAGAAACUGUGUGAGUGUCCCAUUUGGUGCGCCUUCGAAAGUCUCGAAUAAGGCUUUACCCUCUGAAGAUGAGGACAAAGGGUAUCGAUAUCUAUGGAACUGCCAAGACUAUAUGAAAAAGGCAACUCGCAUUAUUCUUGCCAUGGAUAAUGACCACCCUCCUGGUCGAGCCUUAGCCGAAGAACUCGCACGGUGCUUGGGAAGAGAAAGGUGUUGGAGUGUCAAAUGGCCUAAAAAGGAUGACACGGCAAGUUUCAAAGAUGUAAAUGAGGUGCUUAUGCAUAUGGGUCCUGAUGCACUGAGGGAUGUCAUUGAAGCUGCUGAGCUUUAUCCAAUACUUCAAGACCCUAACCGUCCUUUAAACAACUAUUUAGCAAAUGCAGUUGCAGAUGUGGCCUCGACUUAUGCAAAAGCGAAUUCAUUGUUACCUAGAAUAAUCACAGAGGAGAGUUUGGAACUAGAACCUUUGUGUACUGAGCUACUUGCAUAUUUUGCUGACCGGAUGAUAUCUGGAGAAACACUACGAAGAAAUUGUGUCAUGCAGAAAAGAAAUGGAGAUAAGAUUGCUAUUGCUUUCACUUACCGGAGGAAUGGAGAGCUCAUAAGCUGCAAGUAUUGUGGUUUAACUAAAAGAUUUUGGCAGGUUGAAGGUGAAAUGGACAAACUUUCAAUGGAAGAAGCUGGAUUCAAAAACUGUGUGAGUGUCCCAGACGGUGCUCCUUCAAAAGUCUCGAACAAGGGUCUGCCCUCCAAAGAAGCGGACAAAAGGUAUCGAUAUCUAUGGAACUGCAAACACUAUAUGGAAAAGGUGCUUAUGCAUAUGGGUCCUGAUGCAUUGAGGGAUGUCAUUGAAGCUGCUGAGCUUUACCCAAUAAGAGGUCUGUUCAACUUCAAAGAUUACCGUGAUGAGAUUGAUGAUUACUCUCAUCCGUCACUUUGUUAUGAGCUUGGUGCCACGGUGGAGAAUCAGUUUGUAGAUGAAGAACAUCUUAUCAUAUUACGGCAAAAGUUGCAGGAGAUUGGAUUUGACCCCAAACCUUGUUUGCCAGGGAAGUACAAUAGCUUGAUUUGUCCAAGAGUAUGUGGUUCCUCAUUCAUUUUUCACCUUUUCUUUCUAGCUUGGGUUGCGUUUGUAAGGGUGGGAAAAAAGAGGAGAAGAGCUUAUCUCUUCGUAUUGAACCAGACGGGAGGGCAGCUUGGAACUGCUUUCGAGGUAAAUGUAGGUGGAAUGGCGCAACCCGAGUGCUUAUGUAUAUGGGUCCUGAAUGCUGAUGCAUUAAGGGAUAUCAUUGAAGCUGCUGAGCUUUACCUCCUCUCUUUUUCUACUUUGGAGCGAUACGGAAAAAAUCGAAGAGUAGCCAUGCUUCUUUCACCGAAACUGAAACUAUUCCUGAACCCUUACUCAAAUUGUAGCAGAGCUAUUUCCAUGGCCUCCAAGGAUUUUCUGCUACUCAAGACCUCCCCAGCUCCCGCUGCCCACGCGCGCGUGCUUCCGCUCUAUUCUUGUUCGCAGGCGCGCUAUUUUCACUCCAAUAGCAGGAAAAAUGUCUCGUUUUUCUCUAAUACGAGACACUUGCCAGCAAUUUAUCAGAAGGCCUAUGGAUACAGUUACAGUCCAUGUGCGGCCAUGCCCAUUUCUAGACCUAUAUCCGGUGCCGGUGUAGAGACCGUGGGGAAUCAGUUUGUAGAUGAACAACAGCUUAUCAUAUUACGGCAAAAGUUGCACGAGAUUGGAUUUGACCCCAAACCUUGUUUGCCAGGGCAGUACCAUAGCUUGAUGUGUCCAAGAUGUAAGGGUGGGGAUUCAGAGGAGAAGAGCUUAUCUCUUUUUAUUGAACCGGACGGGAGGGCAGCAGUUUGGUACUGCUUUCGAGGUAAAUGUGGGUGGACUGGCGCAACCCGAGCAUAUGCAGGUGUAUCAUCGACUUAUGCAAAAAUGAAUGAAACCACGAAAGUCAAGCAACCACCUAGAAAAAUCACCGAGGAGAGUUUGGAACUAGGACCGUUGUGUAAAGAGCUACUUCAAUAUUUUGCUGAGCGGUUGAUAUCUGGAGAAACAUUACGAAGAAAUGGUGUCAUGCAGAAAAAAAGUGGAGAACAUAUUGCUAUUGCAUUUACUUACCGGAGGAAUGGAGAGCUUGUAAGCUGCAAGUAUCGUGAUAUCACCAAAAAAUUUUGGCAGGUUGAAGGUGAAAUUGACAAACUUUCAAUGGAAGAAGCUGGCUUCAGAAACUGUGUGAGUGUCCCUGAUGGUGCUCCUUCAAAAGUUUCGAAUAAGGGAUUACCCUCCGAAGAUGAGGACACCAAGUAUCAAUUUCUAUGGAACUGCAAAGAGUAUACAGAUAAGGCAUCUCGCAUUAUUCUUGCGACGGAUGAUGACUCACCUGGUCAAGCCUUAGCUGAAGAAAUUGCAAGGCGCUUGGGGAAAGAAAGGUGUUGGAAGGUGAAAUGGCCUCAAAAGAAUGACACUGAAUGUUUCAAAGAUGCAAAUGAGGUGCUUAUGUAUAUGGGUGCUGAUGCAUUAAGGGGUGUCAUUGAAGCUGCUGAGCCUUACCCAAUAAGAGGUCUGUUCAAUUUCAAAGAUUACUAUGCUGAGAUUGAUGAUUACUAUCAUAUGUCACUCGGUUAUGAGCUUGGUGUCUCGACUGGAUGGAGAGAUCUCAAUGACUUGUAUAAUGUUGUGCCCGGAGAAUUGACAAUCGUGACAGGAAUUCCAAAUUCAGGCAAGAGUGAGUGGAUUGAUGCUCUAUUAUGCAAUCUGAACCAUAGUGUUGGUUGGAAAUUCGCACUUUGCUCAAUGGAAAACAGGGUACGAGAACAUGCAAGGAAACUUCUAGAGAAACAUAUAAGGAAGCCUUUCUUUGAUAUUAGAUAUGGGCAGCAUAUUGAGAGGAUGAGCGUUGAGGAGUUGGAACUAGGAAAAAAAUGGCUCAGCGAUUCAUUUUCCCUUAUAAGGUGCGAGAAUGAUUGCCUUCCGAGUACAGAUUGGGUUCUUAAUCUCGCAAAAAUUGCAGUUCUCCGGCAUGGAGUUAAUGGACUUGUGAUUGACCCGUAUAACGAACUUGACCAUCAACGCCCUCAUAACCAUCAAAUGCUGACGAAAGUCAAACGGUUUGCACAACAUCACUCGUGUCACGUUUGGUUCGUGGCUCAUCCGAGACAGUUGCAUAAUUGGGUUGGUGGGCCUCCGAAUAUGUACGACAUUAGUGGGAGUGCGCAUUUCAUUAACAAAUGUGACAACGGUAUUGUUAUCCACCGUAACAGAGAUCCAGAAGCUGGUCCAGUCGACUUAGUUCAGGUUUGUGUGAGGAAAGUGCGUAAUAAAGUCAUAGGAACAAUUGGGGAUGCCUAUCUAACGUAUAAUAGGGUCACUGGUGAGUACGGGGACAUUGAUAAGUCAUCCCAAAAUGAGAAGCGCAGAUAAAUAGCAUAUCCAUCCUGGACUAUUAUUCACAUGGUUUCAUGUCAUU